UGCAGAAUCAAGCUGAAACAAUAGCUAGGUAUCUCCCGCAAAACUUGGCUACGCCUGCUAUUCAGCCGUAAUGUUACAAUAUCCUCGCACUCUCCGGAUUUCCUAAAUUGAACGGUCGCGGACUGCCGGCCCGGCAUAUCAAGAUCCACCACUACGCCUAAAUGGGCGUAGGUGGGCGAAGGAAUGCGAUGGGAUGGGAAGGUCAAAGAGGCAGCAAUUGAUUAAAAAUAGGUCUCUCUCCCCACCAUAGGCGCGUUGUUUUGGUUCUGAUUACGGACUCGUAAGUCAUCAAAUCGCUCAUCCAACAUGUCUCCCAAACUCCUGUACGCCAGCCUGCUAGGCUCGCUGCUAACCAACGCAGCCGUAGUAGUCGCCCAGAGCUCGGAGGCGCACCCGCCCCUGACGACGUGGAAGUGCACGACCGCAGAUGGCUGUGUCCAGCAGAACACGUCGGUGGUGCUGGACAAGGACUCCAAGUACGCGCAGGGCGCCGCGGGCUCGCGCACGGCGGACGACUACGCCGCGAUGGGGGUCUCGACCGAGGACGACGCCGUGACCUUGUACCAUUACGUCUCGUCGGGCAGUGGCGGCGCGCUGAACCCUGCUUCGCCGCGCAUCUACCUGCUCGACGAGGGCGGCGAGUACGUCAUGAUGCAGCUGCUAGGCCAAGAGCUCUCCGUCGACGUGGACUACUCGCAGGUGCCGUGCGGCGAGAACGGCGCGUUCUACCUGUCGGAGAUGGAAGCCGACGGGGGCGGCGCGUCGGGCGGCGCGGCGGCGGGCCAGGGGUACUGCGACGCGCAGUGCCAGGGCUAUUGUUGUAAUGAGAUGGACAUAUUAGAGGCGAACGCGAAGGCGAACGCGAUGACGCCGCACCCGUGCCAGGGCGACAACUGCGACAAGGCUGGCUGCGGGUACAACCCGUACGCGAGCGGGCAGCAGAACCUGUGGGCGACGGGCGGCACCGUCGACACGAGCAAGAAGUUCACCGUCGUGACGCAGUUUCAGGGCAGCGGCACCCUGACGUCGAUUUCGCGUAUCUAUAUCCAGGAUGGCAAGCAGACGCCCGGCGGCACGAUUUCCGCUUGCAAUGAUGGGCAGGGCGGUCUUGCUGGCAUGGGCGCGGCGUUGGGGCGAGGGAUGGUACUGGCGAUGAGUAUCUGGAACGACCCUACGCAGCAGAUGUCGUGGCUUGACGCCGGCGCCAACGGGCCCUGCAAUAUUGCGGAGAGCACCCCGGCCAAUAUCCAGGCACAGCAUCCCGACACGCACGUCACCUUUUCCAACAUUCGAUGGGGCGAUAUCGGAUCUACUACUACAGCUUAGAAUUAGGAACCAAUAGGCUAUAGUAUUCUCUUCAACAUGGGUGGUAUUGUGGUGAUCAUGGUCGUCCUUAGGUACUCAGGUGGUAUGAAAGAAAAGGGGCUAAGGUGAACUAAGUAGUAUGUAUCUACUAAAUCAAAACGUACCCUAUUUUUUGCA